AUGGACGACGUACGACACGCAGGGCUUCGCGUCGAUUCGCUCUUACCGUGGUUCUUGACUUGCAGGCACACCUCAUCGCGCAGGAAUGACUUCUACACUGACCAAGGACGAUUCAACACAUCUCUUGCACUCAGACCGCUCUUUGAAAGCGCUUCACGAGAGCAUUCGGACAACAGACUUGCUCGUCUUGCAACAACGUCUCCCAGCCACCGGUUCUUGGAGACGUGGAAAACGUUCCAGCUGCCCGGUGGAAUCAAACCUCCACGUUUACGCCCCGUUGGUACACCAAAUCUCGCUGGCAAAUCAAUCCUCGUCGACGCGUUUCCACCACAAGGAGCCAGGUUCGAUAUCCUUGACCCUCGCUCUUCGGCUAUCAAGCCUCGUAUUCCUAGCAAGCAACAACGACCCUAUCAGAUGCCGGUGGGAAGUCGGUGGACUGGAAGGAAGUCACAAGUGGAGCUUCUUUACAUCGACGGCAACAUGAACGUGCUCACCACGGCAUCCGCAGCAUUCGAGCCGGCAGCAAAAAGAACCGCGCAGUCCAAACGGACGUAG